UUAAAUAUGGAAAGGAGACGCGAAGACAGAAGUGCCGUUAACGCUCGAGACGAGCGACCAGGCAAGGAAAGCGUUCCUCUCUUUAUAAAACAGUGCAGAGAAUUUGAGUUAUGACCGACAGGGACAUUGACCUGAUCGUAGUUUGUAGAGCCAGUGAAAUACCGUUAGAUCCCGACAGAUAGAAUACAAACAGCCUGGACUGAGUAUACUUCGCCAAAGUGCCUGGCUCUUCUGCAGUCAUCUUCUGGAGUUCGGUUCUUGGUGUAUUCUACAAUUUCCGACAUUGAGAGUAGUGAGAGUUUUUCACACUGACAGGACGGCUUGUAUUACUCUGAGACACCAUUGCGCACUUAAGCACUUCGGGGAGAAGGAGAUCACUCGAAAUGAGCGAUAAAAACAAGGUGGACGAUGAGGCUGUGGUGGACAGAGGUGCCUCAUAUGUCAAACACUGUGACAAGGAGGCGGUUGAGAGCCAUCACACAGUGUACAUCGGCGUUCAUGUGCCCAAGAGCUACCAUCGCCGACGGAGACACAGAAGACGUUCAAGUCACAAAGAAAAGAAAGAGAGAUUAAAUGAAGGAGUAAGCGACAAAUCGGACACUGAGAAUGUGGAUGAUUCCGCCACCAGUAUCCUCAAACCUCUCAUCUCUCCGGCAGCUGAACGUAUUCGCUUUAUUCUGGGUGAGGAGGAAAGUGGCCCCCCACCGCCACAGUUAUUCACUGAGCUCGAUGAGCUACUCACUACUGAUGGCAACGAGGUUGAGUGGAAGGAGACAGCCAGGUGGCUCAAGUUUGAGGAGAAGGUGGAAGAGGGUGGAGAGAGGUGGAGUAAGCCUCAUGUUGCCACUCUGUAUCUGCACUCACUGUUUGAGCUGAAGAAGUGCAUCGAGAAAGGCACUGUCAUGCUUGACAUGGAGGCUAACUCACUGCAGCAGAUUGUUGAUAUGAUCACAGACACUCAGAUUGAGAUGGGGCUGUUGAAGGCUGAGCUGAAGGAGAAGGUUACAUACACCCUACUACGAAAACACCGCCAUCAGACCAAGAAGUCCAACCUGCGCUCAUUGGCUGACAUUGGCCGAACUGUAUCAAGUGCAAGUAGGCUGUUUUCAAACCAAGAGAAUGUACGUGGUUCUAUAGACCACUCUGUGCCACGCUUUAGCAUCUCUGAAAUUGAAGGCCAAAUACAGAUGCAGAGAAGCAACAGCACGGGUCUGCUCUGUACUCCAACUACAGCGCCCCAAAACUUGACCUCCAGCAGCCUUAAUGACCUCUCUGACAAGCCAGAGAAGGACCAGUUGAAUAAUAAGUUCAUGAAGAAGAUUCCGCGGGAUGCAGAGGCGUCUAACAUUCUGGUGGGUGAAGUGGACUUCCUAGAGUCUCCUUUUGUGGCCUUUGUGCGGCUCCAGCAGUCCGUUAUGCUUGCAGGGCUUACGGAAGUCCCUGUGCCUACACGAUUUCUUUUUGUUCUUUUGGGACCAAAAGGAAAAGCCAGAUCAUACCAUGAGAUUGGUCGAGCCAUUGCUACUUUAAUGUCAGAUGAGGUGUUUCAUGACAUUGCAUACAAGGCUAAAGAUCGGGGUGACCUAUUGGCUGGCAUUGAGGAAUUCCUUGAUGAGGUCAUUGUGUUACCCCCCGGAGAGUGGGACCCUGAUAUACGCAUUGAGCCCCCAAAAUCUCUACCAUCCUCCGACAAACGUAAGAACAACCUAGCAGGAGGAGCUGGGGGUGGAGAUGGAUCAAAGCUUAAUGGCGAUGCUCCUAUUGAAGGUGGUGCAGGAGGAGGUGGUGGAGGUCACCAUGUUGGAGAUGAGCUCAAGUUUACUGGAAAGUUUUGUGGCGGUCUGUAUCUGGAUGUUAAGCGAAAGCUGCCGUUCUUUGCAAGUGAUUUUUAUGAUGCCCUGAACAUCCAGGCCUUGUCUGCUAUUUUGUUUAUCUAUUUGGGCACUGUAACCAAUGCCAUCACCUUUGGCGGUUUGCUUGGAGAUGCCACAGAUAACAUGCAGGGUGUGAUAGAGAGCUUUGUGGGAACAGCAUUAGCAGGUUCAGUGUUCUGUCUGUUAGGUGGCCAGCCCCUGACCAUCCUCAGCAGUACAGGACCAGUGCUUGUGUUUGAGCGACUGCUGUUCAACUUCAGCAAGGACCAUGAUUUAGAUUACCUGGAAUUCCGGCUGUGGAUUGGACUGUGGUCAGGCUUCUUGUGUCUAGUGCUGGUGGCGACAGAUGCCAGCUUCCUUGUGCAGUAUUUCACACGCUUCACAGAGGAAGGCUUUGCGGCUCUUAUCAGCUUUAUCUUCAUCUACGAUGCAUUCAAGAAGAUGCUCAAGCUUGCCCACCACUACCCCAUCGACACCGGUUACCAGUGGGACAUGGUCACUCAACAUGCCUGCCACUGCAUGCCUCCUGAGGGCAACAAGUCUGUCUCAGAUGGAAAAAUUAAAGCACUAUUUAAUUCCACUGGACAGCAGCACUGGAAUUCUACCUGGUCAUCACUAACUCGUACGGAGUGUUUGGAGUGGGGCGGAGUUCUGCAAGGAGAAUCCUGUGGCUUUGUUCCUGACAUCACACUGAUGUCAUUUAUCCUGUUCAUGGGCACCUACACGUGUUCCAUGGGCUUAAAGAAGUUUAAAACCAGCAGAUUCUUCCCCACCAUGGUACGUAAGCUGAUCAGUGACUUUGCAAUCAUACUGGCCAUUCUGAUAUUCUGUGGGAUAGACGCGCUGGUUGGUGUGGACACACCUAAACUAGAAGUGCCAAGUGAAUUUAAGCCUACAAAUCCAACCCGUGGCUGGUUUGUGCCCCCUUUUGGUGGAAACCCAUGGUGGGUGUACCUGGCCUCCUUACUCCCUGCACUGCUUGUCACUAUCCUCAUCUUUAUGGACCAGCAGAUCACUGCCGUCAUCGUCAACAGAAAGGAGAAUAAACUCAAGAAAGGUGCUGGGUACCAUUUGGAUCUGUUCUGGGUGGCUGUGCUGAUGAUUGUGUGCUCAUUCAUGGGCCUGCCGUGGUAUGUCGCUGCCACUGUUAUCUCUAUUGCCCACAUAGACUCACUUAAGAUGGAGACAGAGACAUCAGCACCAGGCGAACAGCCCAAAUUCCUUGGAGUCAGAGAACAAAGAGUAACUGGAGUGAGUGUCUUCCUUCUAACUGGCCUAUCAGUCUUCAUGGCACCUGUUCUUAAGUUCAUUCCCAUGCCGGUGCUUUAUGGUGUCUUCCUCUAUAUGGGAGUAGCGUCUCUAAAUGGAGUGCAGUUCAUGGAUCGCUUGAAGCUGUUUCUGAUGCCAGCAAAACACCAGCCAGAUCUGAUCUACUUGCGCCAUGUCCCCCUGCGCCGAGUUCACCUGUUCACCUUUGUCCAGAUUCUUUGUCUCGCCCUGCUUUGGAUCCUGAAGUCCACUGUGGCAGCUAUAAUCUUCCCAGUCAUGAUUUUGGCCCUGGUGGCUGUAAGGAAGGCAAUGGACUACAUUUUCUCUCAGCACGAUCUUGGCUACCUCGAUGAUGUUAUGCCAGAGAAAGACAAGAAGAAGAAAGAGGAUGAAAAAAAGAAGAAAAAGAAGAAGGGCAGCAUUGACAGUGACUUAAACUAUUCAGACUAUCCAGGCAAUGACAAUAUUCCCAGUAUAAAGAUAUCCAUGGAGACGAUGGAGGAGGAACAAAUGAGGGGAGAGAAACCCUCAGAGAGAAAUAAGCCCAUGUCAUUCCUCACUCCAUACUGAUUCACUGGGUUUCUUUCCUUCCAGAUCAAGUCAAGAUUUAAGCCCAUUUAAGAUGUCUGUUCCUGUAAACAGAGCUGAUUUGGACCCAAAACUCAACAGAUUUUUCUGAAAAGCUCAGGCGGAUGAACCGGCUCGUUAGCCCUCAAGUUCUAUACACUAGCUAGCAUGAUAGCCCUGAUCUAGAUCCAAAGCCAAAUGUAUGAUGUGAUAUAACUUAUUUAUCUUAAUUUAUAUGGAUUAUAAGUAAAACAUAUAUGGAAAUAGAUGCAUAUUAUAAAUACAUGCUGGUGGGUGCAUGUGUUCACCAUUACACACACUUAGCAUUUAUUUAACAAGCUGCCAGCUUCCAUCCUCUGUUUUUCAUUAAUUAUUUAUCCAUGAGACUUCAGUGUACUCUAUCUCAUAUCAGUCUUUUUCUGCGUUAGAUUUUAGUCAGUAACUUAGUGGAUACAAAGAGUAUGAGGAAAUAUAAUACAAAUGCUGGACCUAAAACCCACUGUGACUGUAAGAAGAAAUAUUUUGUUCUCUAGAUAAAACACUUCUCUAAAUAUAUGAAUAAUACUGUACAUAUUUAAAAUUCAAUCAUUUACAGACUAGAGUUUAAAAGGAGAUAAGAUCAUGUAGUUUUGCAGAGUGGUCUUCAUAUGAAGGCAAAAGUAAAGCAAAGAAGUUUGUAUUUAAUAUUAAAUUUGUACUUAAUAUUAUGGAACAUCUGUUUCUCUUGUAAGGAGUCUUAAAUUUGUGCAGAAUGUCUUUGUCUUUUAUCCUAUGAGCAAAUAGAUCAAAUAGAUCAUUUUGAUAAACAGAUAUUAUAAAUAAUAGACAGAAACAGCAGUUCUGAAACAAAAAAAAGAAGCAUUUCAUUAUUUUAUCUGUUUUUCUGAACCAGUGCUGCACACACAUGACAUUUUUACUAAUACUUUACUGAUUAGUUAAUUUUAUUAUAUUUAACCUUGAAUCAUAGCUCUACCUCUUAGAGUGCUGUAGUGCCAGGCUCUGUGUGUUUGAUCUAUGCAGAAACGGAAUAAUUACGAUGAAAUAUAGUUCUCUUAAAAGUGUGCACAACUGAGAUUGCUGUCAUCAUUUUAUUACAAAUUAUAAUAAUCCUCCAUAAACUAUGCAAAACACAAUAUGUGUAUUUCUACUAAGUAAAUGACCGAUUUGUCUUGAAGAGAUUAAAAUGUGAUUUUAUUAAGUGUACUUUGAGUAUCAUCUGUGCAAAUAUAUUUUUAUUGUACUUCAUUUUUUUUUUUAACAAAGAGAUUAUGAUUGAUCUAGCAUAUAGUCUUUUAUACAUAUGUAGGUAAUGUUCGAUGUGGGUUACAGAUUUAUAUUAGCAACUGAUAAUAAAUAGAAAUACUUUCAAAUUAUUCAAAUUAUUAGUUUCAAUUUAAUUUAUUAAUUCAACCCAAAAUUGCUGUCUAAACUCUGGAGAGUGUUGUGUGUGGAAAUCCCAGGCGAUCAGCAGUGUAUGAAAUAUUCAUACCAGCCUGUGUGGUACCAAUAUCCAAAGCUCAAGAUCACAUUUUCCCCCAUUCUGAACGGAUAUGAACAUAAAAUAAAGCUCUUGUAUCUGUGUAUCUGCUGCUGUGAUGCAAUGUGCUGCUGCCACAUGACUAGCUGAUUGGAUAACUGUAUGAACGAACAGGUACACAAGCAUUAUCAAUUAAAGUGGCCAGUCCAUAAGA